AUGAAGCUGGCGACCGGCACUCUCGCUGUUCUUGCAGCCUUUGGGACUGUAGCGGCCCAACAGCCAGCUCGUGAUCCGAUCGGCACAGGUCCGUCACUCGAACUUGUGCACUUGUAUUUCGACCAGUGGCCGACAGGUGUCGCUGUUUCUUCAUCUGGACGUAUCUUUUCCUGUUACCCGCUCGGACUCGACGCCACAAAUACCAGGUACCAAGUCGCGGAGCUUGGGUCAAACAACACCGAGAGCCCGUUCCCAAAUGCUCAGAUCAAUACGCCGCCAGGCGGUGCUGUCGACUAUUCGACGAAUCCGCCACAAUCCAAAGGUCUCUCAAACUAUUUUAUCUCUGUUCAAAGUGUCGUGGUCGAUCCGAAAGACCGGCUAUGGGUCCUGGAUACCGGCCGGGCACUGCUGAGUAAUGGCACUCUGACGACGUCGAACCCUGGCGGACCGAAGCUUGUCGGCAUCGACCUGACAAACAAUUCAAUCUUCCAGACAAUUCUCUUUCCGCCGACGGUCGCAUUCGCCGACUCUUAUCCCAACGACGUUCGUUUUGACCUGCGCCCAUCAGUCACUUCCUCUGGUCAAGGCAUCGCGUAUCUUACGGACUCAUCCAGUGAAGGACGCAAUGGAAUCAUUGUAGUUGAUCUCGGGACCGGAGAGUCUUGGCGUCAUCUGAAUAAUAUUCCACAAGUCCGUCCCGAGCCCGGCUUCUACGCCAACGUCUGGGGUGAGUCAGUCUAUAUGAACCCCGGGAACGGCAUGCCGGUCUCCAGACUCGCAUUCGGCGCGGACGGCAUCACGUUAUCCAAUGACGGCGAAACACUCUACUUUUCGGUUGUUUCGGGUCGCCAUCUAUACGGUGUUCCUACGUCUCGCCUUCGCGAUCGCGGUCUGUCUUCUGAGCUGUUCGCUACAGGCUCGGUCAUGGACCUUGGGCAGAAAGGCGUGAGCGACGGGCUCGAGAGCGAUUCAAACGGCAUUGUCUAUGCAGGAAGUGUGGAGACAGACUCAAUCGUCACUUUCAACCCGCAAAAUGGAACAGUCCAGACUUACGUGAGAGACUCCAGGAUUGGAUGGCCCGAUACCUUCUCUGUCUCGGGGAGUUAUCUGUACUUUACGGAAAACGAGCUGUGGCGGGGCCCAUCACAGCAAGGUGGUGUGGAUAGGCGGGUUAAACCCUACGCGCUGUACAGGGUGCCUCUGCUGAACAAUGCGACCAAGAUUAGUCUCGUCUAG